UCCCUGCCUACAGUUUAUCUUAGGGCUAGACAUAAAAAUUAAUAACAUCCAAUUGUAUUGUUAAGUCUAUUCCACCGACAUUUACAUGUAACACAAGGCCAAAAUCUCUUUACCCCACCCACCCCAGGUUUGUAACCUUACCAGAUCCUGAUGACAACCGCUACGUGUACUCAGUUAGCCACAGGUCUAUGCUUCAUAUUUAUAUCACCAUUUCCAUGACAGCAGUUCUGUUGAAUUCAGCGACACUUACCCUAUAGACAUAUAAUGUAAUUAACUGGGUGGCCUAGGGCUCAGCCGGCUCUUGAUUUGCUCAACGAAAUGCUGUUUGGAGGGAAAGGGAGAGAGCUGGUAAAAUCAACAUGAUCAUUAUCUUAGUGGUCAACUGUCGUACCUGUGAAAGUGGGAUAUAAGAGAGGGGAGGGAAGGCUGUGGAUGGAAUUUGAGAUGAAAGGCCUGAGUGGUCAGUAAAUGAAAGGCUAAUAGGGGAAGGGAGGGUUGGAAGGUUGGAUUUCCAAUUGUUGAAAAAAUCAAGUGAAUUAGGAAUAGUAACUAAAUUGUAGUUAAGAGAAUCAAAAUGCACCAGAGCGAUUUUCGGUUGAUAUCAUCCCGCAGAGAGAAAGAAUAUCUCAUCAGUAAUGUUUUUCAGAACAGUUAAAUAGCAAGAUGCAUUUACAAGGCUGUGCUCUAGCAGUGCCUGGUCACCAACCGGCUUUCAUGUUCGGGUGACAAGAUAACAUACCUAGUCGCUUGGCCGGGCAACUUCCUUUUUGAGAUUUAACUUAGAGAUGAAAACAGUCUCACAAUAAUAAAUUUGUCUUUCCCUUUUUUGAUUUCUUGUGUUGUAUUCAAAACUUCGGUCGUUCAACUUGGUUCGAUGCGUACGUUUAACACUGACCUGCAGUGAUACAGACAGCAGUUUCUUUGUUUACUCUGUAUAGUGUCAACAAGAAGUCUUCUUAGUUCUCAUGGUUUGUAUAAUGUGCAUGAAAAGUCCCUAAUUGAAGGAGAAUGUGAACUAUAGAGGGAAAAGAGGGAAUUGGAAAAAGACUUAAUUUUUCUACAUAUAACAACCAUUUUAACUCAUAAAAAUGUGUACUGUAAAUUUUGUCUUUCUUUAUGGACUUUUGACAACAGUAUUACAAAAAAUCACAUUUGAACCUUUAUCUUUGGCAUCUGUAAAUAGGAUAAAUGCCCUAGAAACAAUGCAAGACAUUUUUAUUUGAGGGUCAAUCGGUUAUCAUAUAUUUAUUAAUGCUAUUAGAUAAUUAUAAUUAAUUAAGUUUGAUUUUUUUUGUUUUUGUCCGGACCACCAAGCUGGACCUCUGGGCAACCUAGCCUACAAGGUUGGGUGCCCGAAGGGCUCCCUAGAAUUUUUGUUAGAGCACAGCCUUGGUUUACUUAAUGUUGCAAGGAAACAAUUUAUUGAUCUUUUGAAACCAGUACUUCUGAAUUUAAAAAUGUUUCAGGAAUUUAUUUUAAAAAACAGAAAUGUAACAAUGAGAUGCACACUGAGUCUUUUUCGAAAGAAUAACCUGUUAAAGUUAAUUUUAAAAAAAUCUUAUUAUAUGUAAAUUAUUAAAUAAUUUUAAUCUUGAUUGCAGUGAAAGUGGAAAUGAAGCUUAAAGGAUAGAGAAUUGACUAACCGGAGGAACACUGUUUGAAUGGUGUAACUGGAGGCCUACCCCUUUGCUCGUUGGAUUAAGAUGGCGGCUGCUGCCUCUUCACCCUUGGUAAGCUCUGUGGAGAAGACAAAUGGAGCCAAGCUGAGCAGACUUCUCAUUGAUGGUGGAUCAACGGUUCUUAGGAGGAUUUUCGACAGUCAUCAUCCCCCAGCAUAUCUGUUGGCUGAUCUCAAUGCAAACUAUCACACUCUGAACAAUCUCUUAAGGCGGAGGGCUUUACAUAAACCUCAGUGGGACUUACUGUUCCCACCUAGUGGGGCCACACCAGACUCCAACAAAUUUGACAUCACUUUGUUAUUCCUCCUUCUAACCAACAUUUGUGGACUCUCCCCUCCUCCCUCUGGUUGGUACACUAAGCCACCCUUUAGUGAUACUUCUGUUGAGGCAAACCUUGCUCGCAUCAAGUUUUUCCGCAAUGAGUUGUACGGUCAUGUUACCAGUACUGGUAUUAAUACACCUACUUUCUCUGCUCUGUGGCUGGAAAUUGGUGCUGUUCUUGCUGCUCUUGGUUUGCCUCAGGCGGAAAUUGAUAGAUUGAAGGCAGAGCGUUGUGGGGAGGAAGAAUUCAUUGACGUGUUGUUUGACUGGGCUGAAAGUGAAGAGGAUAUCAAAUCACAGCUGAAGGACAUACGUCAGACUCAACUAGAAGGUCAGAAAGCAAUUCAGGAUAUCAAGGUAAUAGUGGAAGAUGUACUUAAGUGCCAAUCUGUAGCUGUUACACAGAAAACUAUUGACGAAAAACGCCAGACCCAACUAGGUGAUCGUGAGACAGUGCAAGGUAGCAACGUUAAAAAAGUGAAGUGGCAAGAAGACGUGGAAGGUCAAAGAAAAAAGUACAGAGAAGACGGCAUACUCAAAAAACUCGCAAAGAUUGACACCAUGAAAAAUGUAAGAUAUCACGCAGACAGAUGCGUAGAGGGAACCCGUUUGUCAAUCUUUUCCAAAGUCGAGAGUUGGUUAUAUGACAGAAGUUCUCCAAAUCGUGUGAUGGUGAUCAGUGGAAAUGCUGGGAUGGGGAAGUCUGUAAUCUCAGCUGUCAUGUGUAAAAAAAUGCAAGCGGUUGGACGGCUAGCUGGAAGCCACUUUUGUCAGCAUGACAGGUCGCGCCAGAGGAAUCCCAAGGUGAUGCUACAGUCCUUAGCCAGUCAGCUCUGUGAUUCUCUGCCAGACUACAAGGAAGCUCUCGUGGGAAAGCUGUCAAGAAAUCUGGGUGUGGAGAUAAACAACAUGGAAGUAAAGGAUCUGUUUGAAGUGCUGUUUGAGGAACCUCUAGCCAGCUUGAACGACCCUGGUUUAACCUAUCUGAUGGUAAUAGAUGGAUUGGACGAAAGCGAAUUCCAAGGAAGAAAUGAGCUACUAGAUGUAAUUGCUAAUUACUUCCAAAAUCUUCCACCGUGGAUUCGAUUUCUGGUGACAACGCGACCGGAAAGAAACAUAGAAGAAACGUUAAGGAAUUUGCACCCCCUGCAGCUGGAUCCAAACAUUAAAGAGAACUUGAAGGAUAUUUACCUUUGCUUAGAAAUGCAAAUCGGCCAUUUAUUGCAAUCUGAGCAUCGAGAAAACAUCUUGAAAGCACUUGUUCAAAAGUCAGAAGGAGUCAUGCUAUAUGCUCAUUACCUAGAGGAUUUCAUAAAGAAGAAAGUCCAAUUGGUAACCCCUGAACUGCUGGACAACAUCUUACCAUCAGACAUUUCGUCUGUAUACCAGUCGUAUUUCAAGCGACUGGAGACUGAACUUUGUAAGGAACUUGACCUCACGGAAGACCAAUUUUUGACAUUUCUGAGUGUGGUCGCUGCCGCAAGAGAGCCUUUACCACUCGGUUUUGUUUCUAAAUUGUUGCUACCAGGUAGAUCGAGAACAGUGGCUCAGCGAAAAGUAAAUGCAGCAAUUGCCUGUGUCUCGGCACUUCUACCCCUUCAAGACGAGUGCAUUCACUUCUUUCACAAGUCAGUCAAAGACUGGUUGAUUGAAAAAUCUAAUUACGGACAGCAUCACUUCAUUGUGGACGAAAAAGAAGGCCAUGAAGUCCUUUCUAAGCUCUGCAUUGAUGAGUUUGAUGAGGUGAAACGAAAAGGUCUUGACGGCGCACAGUUCCCUGACACUACAAAGUACGCUCUGAGACAUGGAGUUCAACACUUGCUACAACUAGAGGAUGGAAGAGUAUGCAGCCUUGAGGAGGUUGUUAAGAAAUUUGUCUUGGACGUAGAGCUUGUGUACGCAAAGUUGUGUGUGAAUGUUACAGCGGCUUUUGAAGACAUUGUUUGCGUCCAGAAGCAAGUGGGUAUCGAAGAACUUCAGAGGGUCCUUAACACUUUGUUGGUCUUGUUAAGAAAGCAUCUCGGGACAUUAGAAAAGCUUCCCCACAACAUCUUUCAAAUCUUGUUAAACGAAGGAGGACGUGAACUUUCAUCUGAAGCUUCACACCUUUUAGAGACUAAAUAUUCUGAAAUGGUGUAUAUGGAAUACUUGCAAAAGGAGGAUUUGCAAGGGCGUGUUCAAUUCAAAUUUGAGUGUUCAGCUACCGUAAUUUGUUUUGAUGUUUCACCACAGUUAGACUACAUGGUAUGUGAUUGCUUUGAUAACACGAUACAGCUAUGGUCGAUCCAUACUGGCAAGCAGCUAUGGAAACGAAAUGUCACGGAAACGAAAGAUUACUACUUCGAGUAUGAUGACAAUGACUUUCUUCCUAUCUACGAAGCAUAUAAGGGAACCAAAAGUCACUGCGUCAACAACCAGUAUGAUGACGAUGAUCGGCCAUGUCCUCCCAAGUCAGUUUACCGCUCAGUAGUGUUUCAUCCUACGGAGGACCUUGUCUUACCAGGAAUCCUCAGCCAUGCCUAUACGUUUGACGGGGACCUAAAACCACUUUUCCUUUCUAGCAAGUGCCGUUUCUGGGUUUGUUCAAUUUCUGCAGAAAAGACCAAGAUGUUAACUGAUUGCCCCAAUGAUGCUAAAUCAAUUAUCAUGUGGAGUCUGAAAGAUGGCUCACAGAUGAAUCGUUUUUCAUGGAGUGACGAUAUUGUGUCAUUUGCUUGGUCUCGCGAUGGAAGACUGGUUGCAAUUUCUGACCUUUCUGGUUCGUUAACGUUGGUUGACGUAAUGGAUGAUUAUAGAACUCUAGCACAGACGGCUCUUUCAGAAGUAUGCGGAAUGAUAAAGUUCUCCCCUGACUGUCGAUGUCUGUAUUCUUUGGUUUUCAACAGUGCUAGGUGCCAUCUCUUUCUUUUAGACGUCAACAUGGAAAAUGGCGGCGACUUUUCUUUAGAUGUUUUGCCUAAUGAAGUGUCUUAUCACCCCUGGGAAUUUGAAUCGUGUAGUGAGACCGGAUUUUUAUUAGGAGAUCCUUUUUGGUUUCCAUCUGGAGGAGAUACCAUCUUCUCACGGGAACCUGACAGACCUGGACUUGCUUUUGUACUCAAUGAAAAAUCUGUAUUGACCGUUGCUUGUGGUGCCAGCACCAUAGAGAUGUCGCAGCUUGGUGAACUGACGAAAGACAGUGCCAGAGUUUCAAUAACUACUGCGAGGGAAGUCGUAUUAUCAUUGAAUGGUGACACUCUGUUUGUUAUCACAACAACAGAUCGCAGUCCAGCAACACUUACGGCUUGGGACAUUUCAAGUGGUUUGGUCAAACAUGCAAUAAAAAUUUUUCCUCACCCUAGUUGGUUCCGUCAAUAUAAUCUUGUCGCUGUAAGGGAAGGUGUUCUGUUGCAAACCAGUCGCCACGUCCUUGAGCUGUGGAAUUUUGAGUUGUCUGAGUGCAUCCGAAGUUGGACUGACUUAGGAGACAUCACUGGAGUAAUCCCCAUAUCAGAAGAACAAGUGGCCUUUGAAGUAAACAGCGCCUGUACAGAAGAGAGCAAAGUCAUCAUUGUGGAUACAACUAGGGAAGGCAUUGUAUCAACAAUUACUAUUCACGGGAAGUUCGUUGGAUGUAACAGUAAAUGUCACGUGAUAUCCGCUGCUCAUGGAAAGUUGCAGAUGCAAUGUGGAGACAAAGUACUCUGGAAGAUAUCCCAGCUUUUCACAAACUUUGACUUUUCUCGAUACAAGACAUUUUCUCCUACUGAACAUUAUUACGUAUUUGCUGCACAAAAGAGCUUUCCCGACACGGCCUUAUACGUCCUCGAUGUAGUUUCAGGAAAAACACUCUGCACACUACAACCACGUACUGAUCACCCCCCGAUUUUUGGCAGCCUUGAUUGCAAGUUUGUUGGUGAGGAGGAGUGCAUUACUUGCUUCACUGUUUUAUUUGGCGGUCAUUUUCUUCAGCUGUUUAAUGUCAAGUCAGGUGACCUGCUGAGUGAAAUUGCUAGGGAAAGCCCUGUGUACAGUUUAGCAGCUUGUCCUCGUGAGCGUCUUAUCGCCGUUGGCUUUGAGGAUUCCAAUGUGAAUUUCAGAGUUCUUCGGGUGAAGUUGCCAGGAGAUAAACACAACAGAAAGAACAAAAGGUCAGGUUUUAUUAAUAAGGAACAAAGUUACGAUACAAUGACUUCAACCGAAUCACCUGAGAGAUUUUUACCAAUUACAGCACGAUUUUCCAACAACAAAAUCUAAGUUGACCUCACCAUUCAAGUUUGAGUAGCGCAGUUCUUAACCCUUGGAACGGACGACUUUGAUUGGUUGGUAACUGGGUUCAAAUUUCGUUGACUCCGCGAACAGCAUCAGAAGCGAGCGAUACAAAUAAUUUCAGUUAAACCUUGCGCGUAGAAAACAAUGCUUAACGGUCCAGCGACAGAAAAACGAUAAUUUUGAAGAAAUAAUUUGCAACUCCACGGAAAAGUCUGAUCCUGUGACGAAAACAAUUUAGAAUUCAGCAAUAAACAGCCCCCCUGGGGGACCUCCAUACGAAAAGGUCGGAAAAUGAAUUAAACCUGUAAGGCGCGGCUCAGGUUUUAUUUGACGCCUAAAAGAUACCACCAAAACAGAAUUGGCCAGAUUACCAGUUGCUGUUCAGGACAAGGAUCCCGCACUACUAGACCGGACUCGAGAGACCGGUGGAAAUCGUGCCUAAAAACGGAAAUGAGAGCAUUUCUUUUAUUAACAUAUUUUGGGGUGCACCCUAAAAAUUACUUUGAUAGAUAAAAAUAGUGGCGUUUCGCCCUGAAAACCCUAAAUGAGACCAGAAUCCUUGAUUUAUACCCCUAAG